UUUAAACAAGCAAACAGAUGUCACGGCACCGUAAACUUUUCAAUACGGUAGGCAUUAUUGACAGCACCGUUAGCAAGUAAUAUUGGACGCUAGACAUACAAGGGAAAGACGCUCCAACAACAUGGCAAUCCCAACAUGGUCGAAAAAGAUAAUAUCUAUUGUAUUAAUCACCAUGAGUAUUCUCCUUGUGGUUGAAUAUAACAAAUCUAUGACAAGAAAAUUGAAUAUAGAAUCCUUGGACAAGGAAUAUCGUCAUGUCAGUGUUGUACACCAUGAGAAACAUAUAGAACCACACAAACAACCUCUGAAUUCAUCUGACACAGAGAAAAAGGAUGCUUAUAACUGCUGGAAAGCGAGUGCAAAACGAGUGAAACUAGCUGAGAACGCAUGCCGAGAUAAUAAUGUGACAUAUGUUGAACCACGCAUGAUUUACUUUGUCGUAUCGGAAAAAUACAAGUUCAUGUUCAAAUUAAUGCCCAAAGUGUCAUCCACAACUUGGAAAAACUUUCUACCGACUAUUGAUUCAGAGUGCUUGAACAGUGCAAAUAUGAUGGAAUUGUUGAACCUCACUAAAACAGAUUACGAUUUUAUCGGUCAUUUUGAACAUUUAGGUGAGGAUGCUGCGUGCGUUCUUGAGAUGAUUGGCCUUGAUAGUAUAUAUCGUUUCCCAGACAUUCAUGCACAGAAAGGGAAUUUGAGAUACACAGAAGCACUGGGAAGUUUACCCAAAGAUGUUCUUGAAAGUCUUAUUGAAGUGUAUCGGUUAGAUUAUGAAAUUUUUGGGUAUAGAAUUCCUACAUUUGAAGAGUUUAAGGUUAAGCAUGGAUUGUAA